UCGCCCUUCUUUGAUUACAGACCACAAUGCCCUCCGAUACAGAGGAACCACUUACAUCCAUCUCACCAACAAAGAUACCAAUGAAUGAUACAGUCACACAAACAGAUGGGUGCAUGACGGGAGUUUACUCCGCCACCGGUGAAUGUUGCGAAUCGUGUCCGAUUGGCUUCGGCGUUCAUCGGAAAUGUUCGGACCCCAACGCCACCAACACGAUCUGUACAGUCUGUGAACCAGGCAUAACGUUCUCCUCCGUCACAAGUCACGUGAUGCUGUGUCAACCCUGCACAAGAUGUAGCCACAAUGAGGUGAUGACGUCAGCAUGCAGCAUCAUGCAAGACACGGUGUGCGAAUGUGCGCCGAACUACUUCCGAACGGAUCCACAGACCGGUGACUCGGCACCUGGCCCCACAUCGGCAUGCAGCCAGUGUAUGUUUUGUCCUCCUGGGUUCGGCGCGGCAGUUCCAUGUUCUCCUCGACAAAGCUCUCAGUGUCAAAUAUGUGCGAAUGGGACCUACUCGGAUAUCGUCAGCUCGACCGAAGGGUGUAGGAAGUGUUCUGUUUGUAAUGAAGGCAGCAUCGUACUCAAGCGUUGUACUGAUAUAUCAGACACCGUCUGUUCAGAUACAUACAUACCUUCAAUCACCGACAGACCACAGAAUGAUAAAAUGACGACGACGACAUGGAUACCGAAAUCAAACACGAAAUCGUCAGGUUUCAGCGUCGUACCCAUCUUCUGUACUCUUCUCGGACUCGUCAUCUUCGGUCUGCUUGCUUACGUCAUCUUCAAGAAAUGGUCGUUUAAGAAGAUGAAGCUGAGACAGACUCAGAAAAUGACAAGGUCCAGUUCUUGUCAUACUGAUAUUGAAGGAAACACUAUCUCCAUUCUAUCUCUAAAGAAUGGUCACAACUAUACAUCUCGGGACUCGGCAUUAGAUAGGUCAGGUAUUGGCAGCAUCUGUAGACAACCGCUCAUGGCAGUUCCAAGUGCGAUGCCAUAUCAGCAGUUACCCUCAGAUAAACGUCACGAGGUCGAACGCUCUCUUUCAGUCUCGAGAAUGGACGGUCGUGAUUGGCGAGGUUUGGCCCGGGAACUAGGAUUUUCAGAUCUAGACAUCGUUCAUAUCGCCCAAACAUGUACAGCAUCAACACCACCAGCCAGGGCCUUGUUUAUUGCCUUGCAUAGCAGAGAUACCAAACGCGCAACCGUUGGAACGAUUGUGGAAGCGCUCAGGAGAAUACGACGAAAUGACGUUGCCGAUUUAAUACCAGUUUUCACUUAUAGCGCUUACCACUUUCCAGGUUCAUGAUGUCUGGUUUAAAACUUUUUUAAUGUGAAAAGGACUUAAUGUAAACAAUUUCAACUUUUUUGUAUAUAUAGGUUACAGAUGGGGUUAUUUUGUACUCCAAGUAAAUGUUGAGUUGAUAUUAGGCCUCUGUAUAGGUCUACUUGCCAGAGAUAUAAAUUUAUAUUCACGAACGAGGCACCCUGCACUGUUUACCAAGAUAAUUUCUUGAUAUUUCUUUCUUGAAAAACCUUAUUCAUCCUAGUAUGAAAGUGAAUGAUUAACGAUUCUUGGAACAAAGUUUUCAGGUUGCUAUGCCUAACAGGCCUCUGCCAAACUUUGAAACAAUUGUUAAAAGUGAGUUUCACUCCUCGGACGUACAGAGGGUUCAAGAACAUAGAAAAUGUAUUGUACAGUGCCCUUCAGUAAAAGAGCAACCAAAAAGUCUUUGUCGAAAAUCGGUGAAACGAAACAGCAUUUUCGUCCUUGACUCUCUGCACAAACGACAUUUGUAAUUUUUUGUCCGCUCCGAAACUUAGGACGAAACUGCUGUUCCAGUUUACCAAUUUCCGACAAAGACCUUCUUGGUUUUUGUCAUUUGACGGGCAUUUUCAAAUCAUUUACUUUGAUUAAAACGUAUCAAUAAAAAAUGAAUGUUUGUUGAAAUAUAAAUUUUACACUCAGAAUGCGCUUCUGUAGAAGUUAGACGAUCAGCAGAGCAGAGAAAUGUUCAUUGAAUGAUGUUUGAUCCAGGACGGUAGCUCAUAAACUGGCUUUCCUUUUGCAUGACGGAUGCUUCUGAUCUCCAACGAUGAAAUUAUUCUAUACAUGCUGAUGUCUCAUCAAUCUUCUAGUUUUGGCAACUUUUUCGGGAUGAAUCAGCGUUGUGCCGAAAAUGAUAACAUGAUCAUGUAAACGGAGGCUUAUACGCGAAUAAAGGAGCAUGAAAAUUCUCCAUGUUUAGUUUCUCAUGGUAUCAUUCAGACAUAUUAUACAUUCAGGUGGGUGUUUCGUGAAACUGUUAAAGUUACGCACGACUGGAACAUGUUCUUAGGUCAUAAAUCAAUUACAUAGGGAUAUCACAUUGCACAAGAAAGGAUACCAGUCGUUCGUAAAGUCAUUCGUGUCGUUCGUAAAGUCAUUCGUAUCUUACGAACAGCUUUAUGAAACGCCCACCUGGUGUGAUGUCACUAGAGCAUGUUCGCAUGGAUCCCUCUUUUCUACCAGUUACCGUCACCCUCUGCGUACCCCUCUCCCUUAUGAUAAAGGCUAAUUAACAUUAUGGUACCCAAUAGGGAUUAUUUAGUCAUACUACGCCUUAUGAAUAUUCAGGGUUCAUGAGAACAGAAUAUAGCGUAAUUUCCAACGCAGCGAUAUUAAACUUGCCUGGUGUGGUGCGAUCGGUGAAACGGUGCGCUAUUGUCAUGAUUGCGAGUUUACUGUAGUCAAGAUCAAUGACGCAGAUUGGAUAAAAGUUUUCUUCAUUAAAAAAAUGAGACAAGACUGGAUAUAAAAAAAAGUCCUGACAAUUUGUAGUCCGAUUCAAAGCAUCGAAAAUAGUUGGCCCUUAAAGUUUUUUUUUUGGGGGGGGGGAUACCCACUGUCUAGAGAGCUACCUUUCAGAAACGCAAGCUUUAAAGUGACAGUAUUGGUCUGUCAUAUUGGGUUUUUUAUUUUCUAGAUUUCCUCAGUUCACUUGUGAUAACUGAAUACAUUCAAAGUCAUAUUGGAUUAGUCGAGUUGCGUAAUGAAAAAAAAAUGCUAUGCAAAGUGCUAUCAACGACGUUCUUGUAUUUCAACACCAUUCUAUGCUAAAUUGUGAACAGCAUUUCCGGUAUAUUCAUGAAGUUCAUAUGAAGCUCACAGCAAAAAGAUCAUAAUAAUAAUCGAGUACAUUGGUGCAAUCUCUUGUUUAAUUGUUUAUUGCAAUAAUUGUGUUUACUAAAGUACAACUCUAUUAAUCUAAUCUGUAGAUUAAAUGAAUAAAUUUUAGAUGUAACGUGGAAGCGGGCAACGAAGAAGUCCUGAAAGCUUUCAUAAAUAUCGGUUUGACGGAUAAAUAUUAAGCAUGGGAUAAAUGACGUGAGUGUAAUACUGAAUGUAUAUGUAAAGUGUACAAUGUAAAUAUCACAAUUUUGUAUAAAUAUAAACACGAGAGAUCGUACUGUU